AUGACCAUUCCCGACGCUCGCCCUCGUCCUCGCUGGCGACGCAUCAUGGCGGCCAUUGUCGCCGCCUGCUGCGUCGCCUACCUUUUCUUGUUUGUCCAGUUGCAUGCGAGAGCGGGCCAAGCGUUUCCUUCUCCGUCAUCCUCGUCAUCCUCGACGACAGCUUCGCUCUCCAACAACCUCCACCUCACCGAAAAGGAAUGCCGCGCCGCGUUCCCAGGCCUCAUGGACCCCAUCGACAAACAGGUCCGCCGCGGUCCGUUUCCGCUGCACCCGGCCUCCGAUCUCGGCCCGCUGCAGGCGCGUGUUCGCAACGGCCGACUCCGCAUCCUGUCUGCCGAGAAACACAGCAUGCUGCCGCCCGAACUGCUCGACGCACGCGUGGCAACGCUGCACCAGAUUGAGCGGGCGCUCCUGACAGCGCCAUCCUCGCCUGGCGGUGCAAACGCACUCGACACCGUCUUUUCCGUCAACGUCCAAGACCAGCCGUACGGCUCCGCCUGGACGUACUCGCUGCCGGCCUACGCGGCCCCUACGGCCGGCAACGCCCCCAUCGGGCGCGCCUUUCUCAUGCCGCACUUUUCGUUUUGGGCGUGGCGGCCGCGCAUGGUGGGGUCGUUUGCGCGGGCGGCGGCGGCCAUUGACGCGAUCGAGGCGCGUCUGCCCUUUGCCCGAAAACAGGCGCAGGCCGUCUGGCGCGGCACCGCGCGGUUUGCGAGCGCGCACCACCCGGCGCUGCGGACCGACCUGCUCAAGGCGACACGCGGCCAGCCCUGGGCGGACGUGCAGGAACUGGCGUGGCUGCCGGAGGUGGUGGACAGCGACAAGGACAAUGCCACGAGGGCCGUGAACGCGCUGGCGAUGCAGGACGCCAGCAACGGCCUGAUGAUUGAAGACUUUUGCCGGUACAAGUACGUGGUGCACACCGAGGGCAUCACGUACAGCGGGCGGUUCCAGUUCCACCAGCUGUGUGGCAGCGUGGUGCUGACGGCGCCGCUGGCGUGGAUGCAGCACACGACGCACCUGGUGCGGCCGCUGUAUGCGUCGGAUGUUUUGGGGGGAGGCGGCGGCGACGCCAACGACGACCGCCGCGGCGCGACGACCACCCCCGACGAAGAAAAGGCGUGGCCGCACGCGCCCCCCGACGCGGCCAACAUUGUGUUUGUGGCCCCCGACUGGUCGAAUCUGGGCGCCAUGGUGCAGUGGCUGGAAGACCACCCCGCCGUGGCCGAGGGCAUUGCGCGGCGGCAGCGCAGUCUGUUUGCCAGCGGCCCGCACGGCCGCGGCUACCUCAGCCCGGCCGCGGAGGUCUGCUACUGGCGGGCGCUUCUCGCCGGCUGGCGCCAGGUGGUGCAGUACAACGACACAGAGGUGGGCGAGGGUGUGCCCUGGGAGCUGUUUUCGCUGGAGCCAAGGUGGUAG